AUUAGGCAGCAGAAGCGCGGGAGCAGCGAACGGAGCAGACAACUUUAAAGACUCCCAAGUCUCUAAAUCGCAGUACUGAUGAUGUCAGGUCGCGAUGGCACCCUCAAAGGUGAUUCGCGGAGUGGCGCUGGAACGUGGAUCAUCGAGGUGAAGAAGCGUCUCUUGAGAAACCUCGACACGCAAGCAAAACCCGACCUGUUGAAGUCCUACGGCGAGCAAAAGCGCGUACUGGAAGAAUUGUUGUCAAGAGCGGUCGAGCUAGGCGAGAGCAACUCCGUUUUGGUAGUUGGACCCAGAGGAUGCGGAAAGACAUCGCUGAUUUUGGCCGUUCUAGAUAGAGCCUCCGAACGCAAGGAGAUCGCUUCAAACUACCUUCUCGUUAAGUUGAACGGUUUUACUCAUACGGAUGACAAGAUUGCUCUGAAAGACAUUACGCGUCAGCUGCAUUUAGAGAACGUCGUUGGCGACAGAGUAUUUGGAAGCUUUUCCGAGAACCUUACAUUUCUACUAGAAUGUCUGAAAUCGGGUGGCGAGCAAAGCAAAACGAUUGUCUUUGUUGUGGACGAGUUCGACAUGUUUUGCUCCCACAAGAAUCAAACUCUUCUGUACAAUUUGUUUGAUGUUGCGCAGUCGGCUCAAGCACCCAUAUUAGUUAUUGGAAUCACCUGCCGGCUCGAUGCCGUUGAACUUCUCGAGAAGAGAGUCAAGUCUCGCUUCUCCCAUCGCCAGCUUCACUUGUUCCCCAACUUCAGCUUCGAGGAAUAUCUCGGCAUCAUGGUUGAUCACCUGUCCUUGCCCAACGACUUUCGAAGUAGAAAGCUGAGAGAAGAAUGGAACGCCUCUGUCAAGGAUUUUGCCCAAGAGAGUGCUGUGAGGACAGCCUUGCAACGGCUGUACUCAACCAACAAGGACAUUCGGGCUAUGCAGUAUCUGUUGCUGCCACCUGUUAUGCGCCUUUCGGAAGAAAGUCCAAAACUGGAUGCAGUCCACCUCCUUGAGUCUCAAAGGCAGCAACUUGAAGACUCCAAUGUUGCCCUUCUGAAAGGGUUGUCAAUGCUAGAGCUGUCGCUGGUCAUUGCGAUGGUGCACUUGACAAAGAUCUAUGACGGAGAGCCAUUCAACUUCGAGAUGGUUUAUAAAGAGUUUUUAAAAUUUGCAGCUGGAAAGUCGUCCCUGGAAACCACCAAGCCCGUUGUUAUGAAGGCAUUCCAGCAGUUGGAGGCGUCAGAGUUCGUGCAGCCCGUGUCUCGGAGCCUCGCCACCGUGCAGUACGAAUUCCGGCUCAUGCAGCUACUCGUCGAUCCGUCACAGGUGCACGAGGUGGUGCACAGGUCCUCGUCCCUGCCUACCGAACUCGCCCAUUGGGCGGUGUCCGUCGUAGGAAGCUAACAGCUUCUUGACGUUGCAUUUGUGGCUAAUGCGUAUUGGUGGUGUUGCCACUCUUGAAGACCAGCUGUUGUGCCUGUGAUCACCAUUCCUUCUCGAAGACAUUCCUGGCAUCGGAGUACACCGUCAAGUUAUGGGAGUGCUUAAGAACCUCUGCUGUUGCCCCUUCCUCAACCGAAUCUGUUUGCACAUGUUCAGUGCUAUUGUUUUGCAUGAGGUUGCGGCGUACCAAUAAAAUACGAAGAUUUGCGUGCGUCAUAA